UUUGUGAGAACCAUCUUGACGUUUGUGGUGUGGUGGACCUUUUAAGAACGGCAGAAAGUAAUGUUUAAGGCUGCAGAUGUUCCUCUCACGCUCUCUCGCUCGCGGGAAAUAAGUGCAGGCAGAGUGCAGGAUCACACACAGACACGUUCCUCUCCAGCUGCCUCGUGAGGCAGAGUGUGAUGCCAUGAGCGAGACAACGUCCAUCCUCUGCUGACAACCAUGAGCAACCGACUGAUUCCUGCUGUAAUGAACCGUCUGAAAAGGACUUUUAAGGGACUCGCCGGUAGAUUCACGCAGUCAAGAUGCGUUAUUUGACCAAAUCUCUGAUUUUAUUUCUAUAUUUUGCCAUUACCGUGGAAUGUUAUAAGCACGGUCACCGGGUGCGAAGGUGGGCCGGUACUGGGGAGACCCCAAAGCAUGGCACCUCCUUGUCAAAGAAGCCUCCAGAUGUGACGAAAUCUCGCAAAAUGAAGACAGAACACCUGCUCAAAGUAGAUGACCAUGACUUCACCAUGAGGCCAGCAUUUGGAGGUCCUGCAAUCCCUGUUGGAGUGGAUGUUCAGGUGGAGAGCUUGGACAGCAUCUCUGAAGUUGAUAUGGACUUCACCAUGACCUUGUAUCUGAGACAUUACUGGAAGGAUGACCGUCUGUCCUUCACCAGCAGCACCAACAAGAGUAUGACGUUUGAUGGCCGUUUGGUGAAGAAGAUUUGGGUCCCUGAUGUCUUCUUUGUCCACUCUAAGAGAUCCUUUAUCCACGAUACGACUACUGACAAUAUCAUGCUCCGGGUCUUUCCUGAUGGACAUGUGCUUUACAGCCUGAGAGUAACAGUAACAGCAGCCUGUAACAUGGACUUCAGUCGCUUUCCUCUGGAUUCUCAAACCUGUUCACUGGAGCUGGAGAGUUAUGCUUACACAGAUGAAGACUUGAUGCUCUACUGGAAGAGCGGAGAUGAGUCCCUCAGCAUUGAUGAUCGUAUCUCCUUAUCACAGUUUCUUAUUCAGAAGUUUCAUACCACAUCUCGCUUGGCCUUCUAUAGCAGCACAGGCUGGUACAAUCGUCUCUACAUCAACUUCACAUUGAGACGGCACAUCUUCUUCUUCCUGCUGCAGACGUACUUUCCCGCCACACUCAUGGUGAUGCUUUCAUGGGUGUCAUUCUGGAUUGACCGCCGGGCUGUGCCAGCCAGAGUCUCCUUGGGCAUCACCACAGUGUUGACCAUGUCCACCAUCAUUACUGGAGUGAAUGCCUCCAUGCCCAGGGUCUCCUACAUCAAAGCUGUGGACAUUUACCUCUGGGUCAGCUUUGUCUUUGUCUUCUUGUCUGUGUUGGAAUACGCUGCUGUCAACUACCUGUCCACUGUCCAGGACCGUCGAGAGCGCAAAAUGAGAGAGAGAGUGCGGUCUCAGUCACUGCCCUGUACCUGUGGUAUUUCUCAAACACGAACCAUGACCAUGUUGGAUGGCACCUACAGUGAAGCUGACACCAAUAGUUUGGCUGGCUACACUGAAGAGCCCAUAGUACCUGAGGAAGUACAGGCAGACAUGCACGAGGUUUCUGAUAAACCUGAUCAUAUGGUGGUACACCUGUCAGUGAGUAGUGAGUCCACAACAACGAAGAAGAAGAAGAGCCUUCGUGCCCUCAACAUCAUCCAGAACACGCAUGCCAUUGACAAAUACUCCCGAAUGAUUUUCCCUGGUUCAUACAUCUUCUUUAAUCUUAUCUACUGGUCGGUGUACUGCUAAACAACACUGUCAGUCAAGACUGAGGCCAGUGAGGACAUUAGCAUACACAGACAGUAUGAAUGCUACAUCAGUGAGACAAGGGACUAAUUCUGAGUGCUGUUGUGCUGCUAAAUCAUUAUAAUGAAGGACAUGAGCAAAACAUGUCUUAAAUGUUUCCAAUGUGACUAUGGGAUGUCAAUCAGUUAAAAAAAACAAAAGAUAUAAAUUCUGUUCCAAACCACUGAUGCUAAUUCUUGUCGUCUCUUUUAGCUUUGUCAGUUGUCAGCUGCUAUUGAAAAGGUCUUUGUACAAAUUACUGCUAUUCCUGAUAUGAUGAAGAAACCGUAUAUUUUGUAUUUUAAUUGUAUAGAUAAAGAUACAGUGUAUAGUGUCUGUAUUUAUGCCGUGAGGUAUUGAUUGUUUAUUUAUAUUUAUUGUUUUGAUUUUUAACAAUCAUAAAAUGAAAGUCACAAUGAGGUGCAUUGUUAAUCAUGACUCAGUUAUUUUCAUAUAUAUAUGAUAGAUAAAUAAUGAACUCUGAUCAUAUUUGUAAGACAGUUAUUUCAGCUAAAAUGAUAUUCUGACCUAAGAUUGAGGAACACACAUUAAGAGUUCUCCGAGGUUGUACUCUGUUAGUAUGCGCAUCAUCUUAAAGGCGAAUAAGUGCUUUUGCUUUAACAUGAAUACCUGCUUCUAUUUUGCUGGUGUCAGUUUCAGCAUUCUCAUUAUAUGCUGUAUAGAGUUCUAGAAACAAAUAUGGGAACAGCUCAAAUGUUUUUGUGAAGAAUGGCUUCUAAAAAUAUGAAAGAAAUUGAUUAAAUACAAAGUGAAGCUGAUGAAUGUCAAUAUAGUAACAUUAGUGGAAAAUAAUACAUAAUCAUAAACUUUUCCCUGUAAAAGAAAUCAAGAAACUCAGGAUUCAUGCCAUGGAGAACAAUACUAUGUAUACCAAAGUUUCUUGUAAUGUAACCAUAACUGCAGAGAUAUUUCACUUACCUAGGACACUUGAACUAAAAUUCAACGUACUAGUAACACAUGACAAAGAUCAAAGGUCUGUUAGUCAGUAUUAGAAGUUGGGCUGAUCAUAUAAUGGCUAACUCAACAGUAACUCAGCUGUUAGCAUCUUGCUGGUGAUUGAUCAACAUAGUCACAUAAAAAAAACAAUCAAUUCUCAAAAGACAGAGAAAUAUGUGGAUAUGCGUAGCAAUGGGUUUGUUUCAAUAAUGUGAAUAAUUAUUAGUCUGUGCAUGGUUCAGAGCAAAGAUUUGGUCUGCUGCUAUUUUUCACACUUCUUUAGUCUGAAAGCCUCAGUCUGGCAGGACUUAUUUACAAUUUUUACACUCUUUUAAAUAAAAUUAAAAUGCAAAAAAUAUUUGGAUGUGAAACAGGCAAGUUCCAGAGUUUUUCAUGUGAGCACAGGCU